CUUGAUUGUUGACAGAUUCACUAAAAAUGCCAGGAAAGCGAGGCUUGUGGUCUGAAGAGAGCCUUCAAGCCGCCAUGACAGCUGUCAAAUAUGGGCAUAUGACAGGAUUGGCCGCAGCCCGUAGUUAUAAAAUACCAAGGACUACAUUGUAUAGCCACAUAAAAUCUGGAAGUGAUGUAAAACGCAUAGGACGCAAGUCAACCUUCACCCAGGAACAAGAAAAUGAUUUUGUCAUAGGAAUAUUCCGUAUCGCUAAAAGAGGAAAAAAAGUAACACCUAGUCUCAUACGUAAAGAAGCGUUUUUAUUCUGCGAAAAGAAUAAUAUUGAGCACAGCUUUAACAAGAAGAAUCGCAUUGCAGGCCCUGACUGACUCACUAAAAAUACCAGGAAAGCGAGGCUUGUGGUCUGAAAAGAGCCUUCAAGCCGCCAUGACAGCUGUCAAAUAUGAGCAUAUGUCAGUAUUGACUGCAUCACGCAGAUAUAAAAUACCAAGGACCACACUGAGAAACCACAUGAAAUCUGGAAGCAGUGUGAAAUGCAUGGGUAAAAAAUUAACAUUCAACCAGGAACAAGAAAAUGAACUUGUAAUCAGAAUACUCGGUUUAGCGCAAAGCGGAAUAAAUUUGACACCUGGUCUCAUACGGAGAGAAGCAU